AUGCAUGCAUGCGAUAGGUGUCAUCGGCGCAAGUCCAAGUGCGACAAAGUGCUACCGGCAUGUGGGCCAUGCCAGAAAGCCGGGGUUGCCUGCAAGUAUGUUGAUCGGACUAGAAGCCAUCAGCAACUUCUGGAAAAAUUGCAGCGUCGCUUGAAACAAGUCGAAGCUACGAACCGCACCUUAGCGGCAAGGCUAGCUAGCCAUGCUUCUCCAGCUGCACAAAGUGAGCCCGAGGAAGAUAGUAAUGAGGUGGGAUCAGAGAUGCCCAUACUGGAUAAUGCCCGUGGAGAAGCUACCACUAGACGGCAUGAAAGGGAAGAAGACGAGAAUGAAAUCAUAGAAGAAGUCACCUUUCUAUCUAGUGGGGCAGGGGGUGAGCAGCACUUCCUGGGCUCCGCUAGCGGUGUGUUCCUUGCGAGCUUGGUCAGCGCGACGAUGGUCAGCUCUCGGCCCCAGGGUUCGCACGAGAAAAGUUCACGAAGAAGAUCAAGUAGGUUUCCACCACUAUCGCCUGGAACUAAUGCCUCUUCUGAGGCUUCCGCUUUACCCACAGAGCAGGUCGCGCGUAAUCUACAUCGUGCCUACUUUGAACACGAUCAUCUCUGUUAUCCUUUCCUCCACCGCGAGACCACGCUACGCGCACUGGACCAAGCCUACCAAGACCCCAACUUCUUAGAGCAAGACGCCUUUGCAUCUUUUGUAUUUGAGAUGAUCCUCGCUAUAGCUACGGCUAGCGUGCACAAGUUCAACAUAGAGGCACUUCCUGAUGCGGAAGCAUAUCAGGUACGAGCAACGCAGAGGCUAAACGAGGUAAUUCGUGAUGGUGGUGUGCAAGCACUUCAAGCGCUCCUAUUACUAUGUCAAUACAGGAUGACAAAUUCGAUCCAGGACACAUCAACAAGUUUAUGGCACAUCGUUGGUGUUGCUUCCCGGAUGUGCUUCGAGCUGGGACUGCAUCGGGAGCAGACUUAUCGGCCAGUCGAGACCAUAGACACGAGUGACAAAACUUCAUAUGCAAAUAUAGAGUGCGAUAUUCGUCGCCAAUGUUUUUGGUGUGUUGUUGCGAUGGAUAGGAUCGUGAGCAUUACAUUGGGGAGGCCGCUUGCCAUACACCUGCAGGACGUAGAAGUCAGCCUGCCUGACUCUAGGCUUGACACUGCUUGGGAUCUGGAUAAUAUUGACUUAAGACACCAGUCUUCCUCGUCCUUUUCCCGCACAGCGUUAUUUGUUCACAUUGUCCGCUACCGAGUCAUCUGUGGCGAUAUAUUGUCUGCACUACACAACACAUCUAGUCGAACACAAGGCGAUGCAACAUCUGCCUUGGAGGCUCGAGAUAAGCUUGCAACUGAUCUUGUUCAAUGGCAUCAUGAGACUGCGGCGUUGUCGCUUCCAGAAAUUAACCUAUCUAACCCCCUUCUAGGGGAUCAGUCCAGCUAUCGUGCUCGGGAGUGGUAUGAGCUGUUAUAUUAUAAUGCCCUCCUUAUGCUAUAUAGGCCGUCACCAGCGCUGUCAUCGGCACCUCCUCAGGAUGCGGGAGUCCUGCAGACUAUUUUCGUCGCCGCAAAACAGUCCAUCACAUUAUACUCCCACCUCCACCGCUCUCGGCGCAUCAACUACACUUGGAUAACUCUCCAUUCUGUUUUCAUGGCCGGCCUGUCCUACGUCUAUGCCGUGGGUAGACAUUUCCGAGCUCGCAAGCGUGAGACACUUGGCAGGACAUCCUCCCUCCUUCAGAGCGAUCCUACUAUAAUGGAAAUAGUGCAUGACUCAAGAGCAUGUUCGAAUGUCUUGGUCGGUAUCUCUGAGCGCUGGAAUGUGACGAAGCAUUGCCAUGAUGUCUUCAACCGGCUUACCGACGCCAUGCUCACGGACGCCAUCGAAUACCAUUCUCGGAGCACCGAGCGGGCAUCAACCCAACCAACGUCUACAGCCCUUCGACCUGAUGAACCAUUAUUACCGGCAGAACAUGCAGCAGUCAGUGCCACACCGAACAUUGCACCACCUGGACCCUGGGACAUAAGCGAUCCGUCUCCGAUCUCCCUGGGCAUCGACUCCGUUGUUCGGGAAUGCUUCGAUGACUUGCGGCGCUUCCAGAUGCUAGAAGGACAGGGAGAUGACCCCGUCGGACGGCUGUUUCAUGACUGGUUAGGAGAAAUCAGCGAUAUAGACAUGAAUCUAACCCCUAUGUGGUGA